UCUAGUUAACAAGUUUCUCUGAUUUUAUACUGUAUUUGCUUCCUUGUUCUUCAAGAUUCACGCCAAAAAUGUCUGCCAGGAGCUUGUUGCUGUAUUUUACUCUUCUCGUCUUCUUUGCCCUAGGCUUGCAAGCUUCGGCUGAGACUGAUGUUCUCGAUGCCAAAGCUCUUCAAGACCUGUACAGAACCCUUAAUACUCCGUCACAGCUCAAGGGAUGGAGGACGGAUGGGUGGGAUCCAUGUGCAGAAUCAUGGACAGGAGUUCGCUGCAAUGGCCCUUCAGUUAUUCAGCUUAUAAUUCCUGGGCUUCAGCUUGGUGGUAACCUAGGGUUCCAACUCUCUAAUCUUCGUAACUUGAAGCAGCUGGAUAUCAGCUCAAAUUACAUUCAGGGUGAAAUUCCGUACCACUUGCCUGCUAAUGUCACACAUUUAAACUUGGCCAACAACAAUUUUAGCCAGAAGAUUCCUUACUCCUUGACAAACAUGAAGCAUCUUCGGCAUCUGAACCUAAGCCACAACUCACUGUCUGGACCAAUUGGAAACGUUCUCACAGGACUCACAAAUCUCAAAGAAAUGGAUUUGUCAUUCAAUAAUUUUACCGGAGAUCUACCCAGUUCAUUUGAAGAUUUGAAAAAUCUAACAAGCUUGUUCUUAGAAAGCAAUGGAUUUACUGGAUCUGUUAAUAUUCUGUCUAACCUCCCGCUCUCGGAUCUGGAUAUCCGAGAUAACCACUUUAGCGGUGUUAUUCCACAGACGUUUCAAUCUAUUCUUAACCUCUGGAUAGGGGGAAACAGAUUCCACAGAGGAGAAGGUCUUGUACCCUGGUUAUUUCCAUGGGAAAGUACACCGAGUCCACCAUCUAUUGAGUCGAGUAAAAUUGACAAUCAUCCAUCUCAUCAUGAACACAAGCACAAAAAGAAAGGAUUCGGUCCCGGUGGAAUAGCUUCUUAGAACCAUAAAACUUGAGUCCAAGAUCUAUUUGCGGUACAAGUUCAGAUUUCAUUCAUAAUAUGUGAAAGCUUCAUACUGAUUAGUGCUGUUUAAAAAAAUGAAUACGCUUAUUCUCAUUCAUAAGGCUAUGGUGGUAACAUGUUCAAUUAGUUGAGUGAGCACCUGUUUAAAUAAUAAUAAUUUAGGUCCGCCUAAUUUAUAAAUGUCAAUCACCAUGUUCAAUUGAUUGAAAGAGAUCAUGGUGUUCAACAAUUUGAUCAACAAUUUUCAUUUAUAAAUGAAAAUGGGAUCUUUAAAAUGACCUCCGGCAUGGAAUAAGCCCUUCAACUUUGCUUGUAGAAGAUUGCAAGUCUGGAAACAGACAUGGACAACUCUAGUAUUGCAUUACUGUUGAACCUAAUAAGUGAAUGGAACAUAGACACUAGUAAGUACUCCCUCCGUCCCUAUUUAUCUGUCCAGUUUGGAAAUAAAAAUUUGUCCCUGUUUAUCUGUCCAUUUAUACUUUCAAAACUAAUUUAAUGAUAGUUUUUUAAAUAUAUCUUCAUAAUUUCAAUUUUCAAGGCUUGACUUAUUUAAAACUUGGUUGAAUUCAUGUUUUCAAGACAUAAAGUAGGGGUAUUCCACCAUUUUCAAGAUAUUAAUUAGAGGUAUUUAAUGAAAAAGUUUAUACAAUCAAUUAUUUCUUGGUAUGUGUUUUUUUUAAUAAAAUGGACAGAUAAAAAGGGACGGAGGGAAUAAUUGGC